AUGUGCAAAGACAUUCAUUUCACGAAUUUCCCACAAAAAUACUUUCAUAGGAGGAGGAGGAAGAGAGUUCAGCAAUUCAUUGCUGUUGUUGUUGAAAUUGUUGUUGAAAUUGUUGCUGUUGUUGUUGAAUUUGUUGUUGAAGUUGUUGGAGUUGUUGUUGGAGUUGUAGUUGAAGUUGUUGUUGUUGUAGGUCUUGUUGUUGAUGUUGUUGGAAUUGUUGUUGAAGUUGUUGAAUUUGUUGUUCAAGUUGUUGAACACGUUGCGAGAGGGUAG